AUGGCGAUGAUGACUGGCCGUGUGCUGCUGGUGUGUGCCCUCUGCGUGCUGUGGUGCGGUGCGGCCGAUGGAGAUGUUGUUGUUUCUGGUGGGGAGGACAACAUUCUGAAGGAAUUAUUUAUUCCAGUUGCGAGAUUGCAGUUAAGACAAGAACAAGGAGCAGCAGAAGCAGCAGCUGACGCAGAGGCAGCAGCAGAAACAGCAGCAAAAGAAGCAAAGGCAGCAGCAGAAGCAGCAAAGGCAGCAGCAGAGACAGCAGCAGAAGCAGCAAAGGCAGCAGCAGAAGCAACUGAAUCAGCAGCAGCAGCAGCAGCUGAAUCAGAAGCAACAAAAGCAACGACAGUAUCAGAAGCAGCAACAAAAGCAAAAGCAGCAGCAGAAGAAGCAAAAGCAGCAGAAACAAAAGCAAAGGCAGCAUCAGAAGCAGCAACAAAAGCAAAGGCAGCAUCAGAAGCAGCAACAAAAGCAAAAGCAGCAGCAACAAAAGCAAAGGCAGCAGCAGAGGCAGCAGCAACGGCAGCAGAAGCGGCAGAAGCAGCAAAGGCAGCAGCAACAAAAGCAAAGGCAGCAGCAGAGGCAGCAAAGGCAGUGGCAGAGGCAGCAGCAGAAGCAGAAGAAGCAGCAGCACAGGCAGAUGCGGCAACACUAAUAGCAAAAUCAGCAGCAGAAGUAGCAAAAGAAGCAGCAGAAAAGGCAGCAAAAGCAAAAGCAGCAGCAGAAACAGCCGAAGCAAAAGCAGCAGCAACAACGGAAGCGGACGCAAAAGCAGCAGCUGCAAAGACACCAGAGGCAGCAGCAGAAGCGCUGCGAUAUACAGGAGUCGGAGAAGAGGAAGUAAAAACAGCAACACAUGAUCAGGAUAAUUCAGUCGAACACCAUUCUGGAGAAAAACAAGAGCUUAUAAAAGAAGAAGAACCGGAACGACAAGAAAACGAACAGCAUGAAAAGCAGCAACACCAACAGCGUGAACAUUCUGCAGGAAAUGGUGAGGAAUCCGCGAAAGAUAAAACUGCUAAUGGUACAAAUGCAACCGCAAUUAAGGAAGACAGCGACGGCAUCACCGCGGUCGCCCACGCCACCUCCCCUCUCUUGCCUCUUCUUCUUGUUGCGUGUACGGCUGCUGCUGCGGUGGUGGCCGCGUGA